GAGAUAUAAAUAUAGCAUGGUUCUGACGAACGGUACAUUCUGUGUCUGUCCUUACAUCUAGCAACCGAUAUGAAGCUGCUAAUAUUAUUAUCGAUAGUAGCAUGUAGCUAUGGGGAUAAAUUAGAUAGAACGUAUCUUCCACCGGCUAAUGCGGGCUCUGCUGGUGGUAGUCCGGGAGCUUUAACAGCUCCAGGCGUGUCGAAUUUCGGGACGACAGGACCAGCCAACCAACCAUUAGGACAACCACCUAUUGGACAGCCUUCCAGACCUAAUUCUUUCGGUCAAGGUAAUCAACAAACGCCAGGCAAGCAAGAGUCAGGAUCUUUGAAUUUCGAAUCGAACCGCCCAUUUGGAUUUACUUCUGGAUCUGGUGCGACGAAACCCAGCCAGGUGUAUGGACCUGCGGACAGCACACCAAACCAAGGAAAUAAUGGUUUAGUUUCAGGUUUUGGACCAAGUAAUUCUCAAGGUAACCAGCCACAAUCUUUGGAAUCAAAUACCCCCAAUAAAUUGGGUCAGCAAUCUUUUGGUAAUUCAUUUGGACCCAAUGCUGCUUCACCCUCUGGAUACAGCCAGAUAAACGGUCAAAACUUUGUAGGAAGUUCUUCACGCCCUGAAUCUGAACGCCCUCAGGCGGCUGCUGAUAGAAACGCUGAAAUCCUCAAAUACGUCAACGAAAACGACGGGGACAGAUUUACUUACAGCUUUGAAACAACUAACGGAAUAACUGCUGAGGAAACAGGCGUAGCGUCUGGUGGUGUUAAAGCUCAAGGAGGGUAUUCAUAUACUGGUGAUGAUGGAAAAGCUUACACUAUUACGUAUACUGCCGAUGAACAAGGUUACCAACCACAAGGAGAACAUUUACCCACACCGCCCCCAAUUCCUGAGGAAAUAUUGAGGUCGAUAGAAAAAAAUGCGCAAGCUGCCGCAGCUGGCACACAAGAAGGUGCUUACCGUCCAGAAGAUUAUGAAAACGAAGAUAAUUCCCAAGGUUAUUCAGGCGCCACUUCUAUAAACAAGCCUCAGGGACAAGACCAGUUCUCAUCUCAACAAUACACCGCUCCAAUUGAUAAACCAGCAAGUUCUCAAAUCGGAUUUCAACAAACAAAACCUGGAUUCCAAAAUGUACCGACAAGUGAGACUAGUUACAAGGAUAGAUUCACAAAUGGAGUUUCGAGUUUUGAACCGAUCAGGUCUUUCAAUCAGAAUGCAGGAUCAAUUAACCAAGCUCAGUUACAGAGAAGACCUGGCUACGAGUACUCUCGUCCUCAGAACACACAGGACACUAAACAAGCUUUUGGUAGCCAGCCCGGCCAAUCUCGUCCCCAGUUUGGAUCCCAAAUCCCUUCAAACUCUCCAUUUUCAAAAUCUGGAAAUGGACAGGAAUUAAACCCUUUCAACGGUGCCUCCAGACCUGAGUCUCAAACAAUACCGAGUGGGCAAGACUAUUUCAAACCUAGUCAAGUGUCACAAUAUCAACAAUCUGGUUUUAAGCCCACUUCAAACCAACCAGGUCAGGGACCUCAGUCCAAAUUAUCUUCAGCUCAAAAUUACAACCAAGAGUCUUCAGGUUAUCAGUAUCAACCAGGAAAUUCAGGUUUUGGCGUAACAGCACGACCAAGUUUCCCUAAUCAGCCCAGUUUUCAAAACUUAGACCAGGGUGCUACACCUCAGCGCGGAAAUCAAUAUCAAACCAACCCGUCAAACAACUUUUCGAACAGACCUUCAUCAAACCAACCAGGUCAGGGACCUGAAUCUAAAUUAUCUUCAGCGCAAAAUUACAACCAACAGUCUUCAGGCUAUCAGUAUCAACCAGCGAAUUCAGGUUUUGGUGUCACAGCGCGGCCAAGUUUCCCUAAUCAGCCUCAGGGCGGAAAUCAAUAUCAAACCAACCCGUCAAACCAAUUUUCGAACAGACCUUCUUCAAACCAACCAGGUCAGGGACCUCAGUCUAAAUUAUCUUCAGCGCAAAAUUACAACCAACAGUCUUCAGGCUCUCAGUAUCAACCAGGAAAUUCAGGUUUUGGGGUCACAGCGCGGCCAAGUUUCCCUAAUCAGCCUCAGGGCGGAAAUCAAUAUCAAACCAACCCGUCAAACAAAUUUUCGAACAGACCUUUAAACCAACAGUAUCAACAAAACACGCAAGGUAUAACACCUUCCUCAAACGGUUUCAAUACACCUAAUGGUGCUCCUCAAAACCAAGUUUCAGUUACUUCAAACAACUUGCCUGUAGUCGCUAACUCUAUUGCGAAACAAACCGCACCAAUUCAAGCACCAUACCAGUACCAACGGCCAUCUCAACCCUUCAACCAAAAUCAGUUGUCGCAAAAUGGUUUCAGGCAACCAGCAAGUCAAGGCCAGAUACCAUCUGGUGCCAAUAAACCUGCAUUUGGUUCACCACAAACUAGUUAUAACCAGCCAAUUCAAAGCCAGGGCCCAUUGCAAUCUAGUUUCAAUCAGAAUCCAGGUCAAAGCCAGACUAACCCUUCUCAAAUUCAAGGAUCGUCGUCUGGUUUCAACAGACCAACCCAAGAUCAAGGAUCAAAACCGGUAUUUCCAUCUGCGAACCAACCGGAACAGUUCAGUGGACCUCGUCAACCACCAAGCUAUAACGCAGAAGAAGGCUACAAAUACUAGAAUAGUUUAUAUACAACGAAAGAGGCAUUAAAAUGUAAAAAAUAGUUUAUCGAGCAUUUGUAAAUAGAACAAUUUAUUAUGUUUAAGAUCACCAAGUGAUCAUGGCAAUAAAUGAUGUAA